AUGGCUGGUGUGGUGCCCGAGGCUUUCUCCCUAACGCAGUCUGAGGAUGGUUGUCCCAGCCAGAGCGAAGGACAGCAGCAAAUUAAACCAGAAUGCCCUGAAGUGGGUUCUCUUAAGACCCCAGCUAGAAAGAAUGUGUGCGUGGAUCCCUACCAGGUGAAAGGGUCCAAGGCCCCUGACCCUCACCACCAACCAGGGCAACGGGCUGCAGCAGCCACCUGGAGCUUCCAGGAAAGCGAACUUCUCUACUCCUCCGUCUUAACCCCCUGCCCAAGCGUCUUUCCUUAUUGCUCACAAGUAACUGAUCUCCUUUCCUCCGCAGAGGACGUCACACUGGAUGAGGACACUGCUCACCCGUCCCUCGCUGUGUCACCUGAUGGAAAGCAUGUGCAUUUCGUGCAUAUGAAGCAAGUUGUUCCUGAUUAUCCUGAACGAUUUACUGUAAUGCCAUUCAUGCUGGGUUCCAACAGGUUCUCGAGCAGCCGUCACUACGGGGAGGUUGAAGUAGCAGGGAAGAUCAGGUGGAAAAUAGGGCUGUGCUUGGAUUCAGUUAAGCGGAAACUACCUUAUGUCUACACCUUCCCUGAGAAUGGUUUCUGGUCCCUUUCGCUGAAGGAUGGCAGGUACCACGCCCUUUCUGUGCCACGCUUUGCUAUUAAUGUUCAGGCAGCCCCUGAGAUAGUGGGCGUAUUUUUGCAAUAUGAGGCAGGGUUGAUCUCUUUUUAUGAUGUGAAGGCAUCUGCCAUUCUCUAUACUUUCAAAAGCAAGUUCACUCAGCCCCUCGGGCGUAUUUCUACCCUGGACCUCUUAUUGAAGGAAACACUUGGGGUCUUAACAUCCUCAAGCUGA